AUGCCAUCUAGCAAUGUGGAAAUACAAAGAUUUACGAAAAGGACCGAACCUCCAAUUGUUGGCUCUCAGUCCGUAUGGGAUUUUACUCGGAAGUUACCGGACGCAAUUAUAAUUGAAUUUAAAAAAUGUGGAACGCGCGCAUUACUCGAGUAUCUCAGAUUAAAUCCUAAUAUUAAAGCUGCAGGACCAGAACCUCAUUUCUUUGACAGAUAUUAUCAUUUGGGGCUUGAUUGGUACAGGCAAAAGAUGCCAAAGACUCAUGAUGGACAACUAACGAUUGAGAAAACUCCAAGAUAUUUCAUAACGAAGGAAGUGCCAGAAAGGAUUAACAAUAUGUCAAAAUCUAUAAAACUGAUACUAGUUGUGCGAAAUCCAGUUACUCGUGCUAUUUCUGAUUUUACACAAGCUGUUAGUAAAGGAGAAUACAAUACCACGGUAACAUUUCAAAGCAUGGCAAUACGCCGUAACGGAACUGUAAACAUGAAAUGGUCAGCUGUAAACAUAGGUCUUUAUGUAAAUCAUUUAAAACGAUGGUUAGAAUAUUUUCCGAUGGACAAUAUACAUAUUGUUGACGGUGAAAAGUUGAUAACAAAUCCUGUGCAGGAAUUGAAUGCUGUUCAAGAUUUCUUGGAAGUACCAAGAGAAAUUUUAGACAACGCUAUAUAUAUGAAUGCUUCUAGGGGAUUUCCUUGCAUCGUAAAACAAAACAAUACACCACCUUACAAAUGUUUUAAAGGUUCAAAGGGGAGGCAUCACUCAUAUGCCGAUUCCAAUACACUAACAAAAUUGCAGUAUUUUUAUAAACCUUAUAACACUGGGUUUUAUCAAAUGGUUAAUAAAUAUUUUUCUUGGUAG